AUGGCAUCUCAAUCAUCUUUACCGCCCCCUACUGGGAAGGUUGACCUUUCCCAGAAACUCUCAGCAUUGCGUUCAAAUACACGCAGGACUGCACCAAAUGCCCGAGAAUCCGCGCCGAUAACGCCUCCUCUCCCUUCGCCGCCAGACCUCUCUACCCACCAGUAUCGCCGACCCACACGCCGCAUCCUAUCUCCCAAAGACCAUGAACUCUUCCUCUCAUCGCCGACCUACCAAGCUGUCCUUGCAUUUAUUUUUGGACUAACCGAUUCUGUGCGGGGACGCUCCAUUACCGACCUCCAGAAAAAGGAAUCCGAGUCUAUCUCCAAAAUCCUCUCAGUCAUCGCUCAGAUCCGAUCCCUCGUAGCGAAGAACCCCCCAAUCGACCAAGGUGGCUCCCGCUUCGGCAACCCCGCCUUCCGAGAACUGUGCGAUGAUGUAACCGCCCAAAGCGCAUCAUGGCACACCAACAUCCUAGGACUGAAAGACGCCGGCGCCACCGACGAAGCCUCAACAUACCUCACCAACUGCCUGGGCUCACGAGAGCGAAUUGACUACGGCUCGGGCCACGAGCUCAACUUCAUGAUGUGGUUACUCUGUCUGUAUCAGCUCGGGCUUCUUCCCGCCAGCGACUUCCCCGCCGUCGUGGUCAAAGUCUACGUCCAGUACAUGCAUCUGAUGCGCGAGAUUCAGUCCGCCUACUACCUUGAACCCGCAGGGUCACAUGGCGUCUGGGGUCUGGAUGACUAUCAUUUCUUGCCCUUCUUGUUCGGAGCUAGUCAGCUCGUUGCCCACCCGUAUAUCACUCCAUUGGGUAUUCACAAUACGGCGACGUUGGAUGAAGAGGGUGAUAAUUAUCUGUACCUGGAUCAGGUCCGGUGGGUGGAUAGUGUCAAGACGGUCAAGGGGCUACGUUGGCACAGUCCUAUGCUGGACGAUAUCUCUGGUUCGAAGAAUUGGAUCAAGGUUGAGAGUGGCAUGAAGAAGAUGUUUGUUAAAGAAGUGCUGGGGAAGCUUCCCAUCAUGCAGCAUUUCUUGUUCGGAAGUCUACUGCCUGCUGCUGAAGGCAUGACUGAUCCUUCCGAGGGUGGUGUCGAGGAGCAUGAUGGCCAUGAUCACGCGCAUGGUCAUGAUCAUCCCCAUGACAGUUCGGACUGGUUUGGUGAUUGCUGCGGCAUCAAGGUACCCAGUACCGUGGCGGCGGGCGCUGAGAUGCGUAAGCGUAUGGGCGGAUCGAACCUGCGUCCUAUUCCUUUCGAUUAA